UGGAAAACCUCUUUUGCAGAUCAGCUCAAGCCUGAGCAGCAAACCUCCUCCCUUCUUCACCUAGCUCUUUUACAUAUUCAUACACACCUCGUUCAGUUAUACAAUAUAUUCAGCUCAUUGUGGAGGCAUAUUAGGUUAUAUAUUUCUCUUUUUUGGUUUAAUUAACAGAAUUCUUUUACAGAAUCCAACUGGUACAUGUAUUUAAAUAUCUUGAUAAGUCCAUUGAUUGUUGUUUAAACUUUUUGCAAUAUAAUUAAUGGACAAAUACAAGCAAUAUGAAUACGUAUUCAAUCGUUUUGAUGACAACAGAGAUGGGAAGAUAUCGGCUUCAGAGCUGCAGCUUUGUGUGGGGUCAAUAGGCGGAGAGCUUGAGCUGGCGGAUGCAGAGGCGGCGGUGUUGGUGAUGGACUCGGACGGUGAUGGGCUGCUGGGGUUGGAGGACUUCGUUAGACUACUUGAUGGAGUAACAGAAGAUGAGAAGGUAAAAGAUUUGAGAGAGGCUUUUAAGAUGUAUGAGAUGGAAGGUUGUGAAUGUAUUACACCCAAGAGCUUAAAGAGGACACUUAGUAGGCUGGGAGAGUCUACUACUAUUGAUGAAUGUGAGGUGAUGAUAGCUCAAUUUGAUCUCAAUGGUGAUGGUGUCCUCAAUUUUGAUGAAUUUAAGGUCAUGAUGAUGUGUUAGUACUGUUACUAUAUAUAUAUUAUAUUAUACAUAUAUGGUGCAUUUUUUUGUC